UGCAUCCCUGAUAUCGAUUCGACAACAAAAGAAUUUUGCACUAAAAUCUGCAAAUUCUGGCAAUUUUUGGCCAGGAUGGACAUGAUAAACAAAUUCUACUCAUCCGCCGUGCAGACGGUGUCCACAUUGUCCGGUGUUUUGCCUGGGAACAAUGUGACGCGAGAGUACGAAGUGCUGGAACAGGUGUGCACCGCCGGAGUUGGCCUGAUGUGGAAGGUGUACAAUGGCCACAAGAAGAGCACCAAACAGGAAGUGUCUGUUUUCGUAUUCGAGAAGAAGUCCCUGGAGCGCUGGUCGAAAGAUGAUAGGGAGACAAUGCUGGAAACACUGCGCCGUGGGGUCCAACAACUGACUAAGAUUCGGCAUCCUCAUGUGCUAACUGUACAACAUCCGCUGGAGGAGAGCCGUGACUCUCUAGCUUUUGCCACGGAGCCGGUGUUCGCCUCACUGGCCAAUGUUGUGGGCGACAAUGUACGCUCUGAAAAGAAACUUUAUGACGUAGAGAUCCGACACGGUCUGCUGCAGCUCUUCGAUGGCCUGCAAUUCCUCCACCAAGACGCCAAGAUUGUGCACCGCAACAUCAGCGCCGAGACUAUAGUAAUCAACAAGAACAGGAGUUGGAAGCUCUUCGGCUUUGAUUUUUGCAUUGCCAACCAGCCAGCCACGGAUGGCACGCCUCACUGGCCAUUCCGGGAAUACACUACUUCGCUGCACGUCUUGGCGCAACCCAGUUUAGAGUAUACGGCACCAGAGUUGGCUUUAAAUAGUAUUAACACCCCAGACAGCGAUCUCUUCUCGUUGGGUGUACUUAUCUUCACCAUCUAUGCCGGCAAACCGCUGAAGACGUUUGGCAGUGAUUACAGCAGCUUUCGACGCUACGCGAAUGAUUUAAACCAACGAAAGUACCCCCCAAUGAAUGCAGUACCCAGCGAGUUGACUGAGAGCCUCAAAGCGCUGCUGCAUCCCAGUGCCAAUCUGCGACCAAAGCUGCAUGAACUAAAGCAGAUCGCUUACUUCCAGGACGUUGGGGUUAAAACACUCAGCUAUUUAGACUCGCUAUACCAGUGGGACAACCUACAGAAGUCAAAAUUCUACAAGGGGCUGCCUCAGAUUAUACCCACACUCCCGCACCGCGUUAAUUUGCACUCGAUCCUUCCCUAUCUUGUGAAGGAGUUCGUCAACUCGCCGAUGAUACCGUUCGUUCUGCCAAACGUUCUGCUCAUUGCCGAGAUGAGCAGCCAGCGGGAGUAUUGCGACCACAUCCUUCCCCACUUAAAACCCAUCUUUAAGCUAACGGAUCCCAUCCAGAUCCUGUUGAUUUUUAUGCAAAAAAUGGAUCUGCUGCUUAAGCUGACGCCAGCCGAAGAGGUGAAACAGAGUGUGCUGCCUCUGCUGUAUCGCUCUUUGGAAUGCGACAUGCCCCAAAUCCAGGAGCUUUGCCUGGCAGUGCUUCCAACAUUCUCCACUCUGAUUGACUACAACGCAAUGAAGAACUCGGUGCUGCCACGCAUCAAGAAAUUGUGCCUGCAAAGCAGCAAUGUGUCGGUGAAAGUUAACUGUCUUAUUUCCAUAGGCAAGCUCUUGGAAAACCUCGACAAGUGGUUGGUUUUAGACGAGAUUCUGCCCUUCUUGCAGCAGAUUCAAAGCCGCGAACCUGCUAUCAUAAUGGGAAUUAUCGGUAUCUAUAAAAUCGCAAUGACCAACACAAAACUGGGUAUUACUAAGGACGUGAUGGCGCAUAAGUGUAUUCCCUACCUUGUGCCCUUAAGUGUGGAGAACGGCCUUACCAUUGCUCAAUUCAACACGAUUAUAGCCCUAAUCAAAGAGAUGUUAGGUCGAGUGGAACAGGAGCAGCGUGAGAAACUUCAGCAACUAUCUACCAUACAGCGAGACAAUAAACCAAAAGAUGCUUCCGAAAUAUUGGCCAGUGAACUAGAGAGUUCCAAUGGUGCUAGCAAUGGCAAUAAAAUCAACGAUGACAUGUUCUCCGGCUUCAAUGUUGGCCAGCCCAAAGCAGCCACCGCCGCUCCUCUGGCGCCAGUAAAGGCUAGGGAACAGCUCAAAAUAUCGCACAGUACAAUGACGGCACCGCCAGCAACAAGGCCAGAUAUACUCUCCACAAUGAUGCAGAGCAACCUAACUGGUUUGGGGGCAAAUGCAGUGGCAGCUGCUGCGGUACCUGCUCCUACGCAGAUGCAGUCAAACAACGGUUGGCAUAGUGCGAAUCCCCUCGUGAUGAACCAUCAACUGGCCUCGCCGCAAGCUAGCAACAACAAUUCAUUUUCGCUGGACGACCUAGAUCCUUUCGCUGGUGGAAGAUCCGCUGUUGGAGCGCCCAAGGCCAGCAACACAAACGGUGCCAAUAUGUACACGCUGCAACAGCCUACAGUUAACUACAUUUAUCCAACUAACUAUAGUCUGAACAGCAUCCAGCAGCAUCAACAGCAGCAACUUCUGGGAAAACCCAGCCAAGCUCCCACGCUUCAACCGCAGACACAGCCGCUGCUGCCAACGGAUAACCAGAACCUCAACGCACUUUCCCAGCAGGAUAUACUUAACUUCUUGAACUAGACUCGGUCGUAGCCAAUAACAAAUUGAUUGAAUUCCAUAUUCCAUAUAUCUAAUAGAAUUCUAAGCGCUGAAAGUAGUUCUUGGUCAUUUCUAAGAUUCUUUAGAAGAUUCAAAAUAACAGUAUUGGAUCUCCACACACAAAAUUGCUUAGAAAUAUCCACUUAUUACUUUUUUCUUUUAGAUGUUAUAUGCUAUAUUCCCUUAUACAUGUAUUUAUACAUAACUAAAUUGAUCUGUCAAGUGUGUGAAUGUCCCGUCUAAAUGUGUGCGUGUUUGUUAGAAAUGUUUUAAAUUAUAUUAUGUAGAUUUUAACACAGGACCUUUGGGCUCUUGCUCGUUGUCACAUUCCGCAAUCGAUAUCAAAUGUGAAACGAAACGAAUGCAUGUAGUUAAAUAGAAUAUGUUUUAUUGUUAGCUAGACAAAAAAGCCAACCAUCUAUGUUCUGUGCAAUUGCUCCUUACCUAUAUUUUACAAAAUAUAUCAACAUAAUGAAACUGGA